AUGUUGAGAUUUUCUUUGAAAGGGCGCACGGCACUAGUAACUGGUGGUGCUCGGGGUUGUGGGCUGGCCUUUGCGCGGGGGCUCGCCGAGGCUGGCGCUGAUGUAGCUGUGUUUGAUGUUGUUCCACCCGAGGAAGGAUUCCAUGCAAUUGAGAAGGACUGCGGUGUCCGAAGUGCGUAUUACAAGGUCGACGUCUCAUCUCAGGAAUCAUUGGAAGAAGGCUUCGCCAGCUUUCAAAAAGAUUUUGAUAAUGCUCUUGAUAUCUGCGUUCCAUGCGCCGGCAUUAACCGCCACCUCCCAUUCCUCGAAUUUACCUACAAGGAUCAUCAGGAUCUACUAUCUAUCAACGUACUCGGUCUUUACUUCACUGCCCAGCUCGCAGCUAAGCAGAUGAUUGCGAACAAGACAAAACAUGGCAGCAUUAUUUUAGUGGCCAGUAUGGCAAGCCAUAUCGCUGUGCGCAGCCAGCUGUGUUCCGCCUAUUGUGGCACGAAAGGCGCGGUCAGAUCGAUGUGUCCUGCGAUCGCAAAAGAAGUGGCCGAAUAUGGUAUUCGAGUCAAUUCCAUCUCCCCGGGAUUCGUGAAGACAGAGAUGACAGCUUCAUUCCCCCAUCUCCUCGACGGCUGGAAGUCCGAAGCCAUGAACGGUCGUAUUGCUGAACCAGAAGAUAUCAUGGGAGCGUGUGUAUUCCUCGCAAGUGACGCGAGUUCGUACAUGACCGGGUCGGACAUUGUUGUGGACGACCACGAAGGAUACAGAAUUGGCCCUGUCGAUGCUACCACUACUGUUGUGGUGGUGGGCGCGGGACCCUCGGGGUUGAUGUUAGCAUGUAAUCUUGUUCGCUUUGGAAUCGCCGUGGUGAUUCUGGAUGAUCGUCCCGACAAGACAUCCACAGGCAAGGCGGAUGGAAUGCAACCCAAGACCAUCGAGACAUUCAGACAACUUGGGCUGGCGGACCCGUUAAUGAAGAAUGGAGCUCGGGUUUACGAUAUUUCCUUCUGGGAAUCAACCGCCGACGAGUCCCUUAAACGCACUGGUCGCAAAACCCACUACCCCGAGCAUGUCGGUGCCUCCGAUCCAUACAUCUUGCUAGCCCACCAAGGGAUGGUCGAGGAGGUCAUGAUCGAUGAUAUGGAGGCGCGGGGGGUGUUCGUCACUCGCAAUAGCAAGUUCGUAUCUUGUGCGCGUGUGCAUGGAACAAGACAAUUGGAUAUUUUAUAUGAGGAUGUUACUACAAACACUCCUUGCAAAAUCAGAGCGGAUUACUUGGUUGGGUGCGAUGGAGCUAGAUCUAAAGUCAGAUCGUUCAUUCCGGAUGCUGAGCUUGAGGGAGAAUUAACAAACGCGGCAUGGGGAGUGCUGGAUGGCGUGAUUGAUACCGACUUCCCUGAUCUAUGGAGCAAAGUCGCGUUACGGUCUCAUUCUGCUGGAUCGAUUUUGUGGAUUCCACGUGAAAAAGGUAUGACUCGAUUAUACGUUGAGUUGAGUUCCACCGAUGGAGAGCGAGUGGAAAAAUCAAAAGCCACCACUGAAUAUGUCAUGAGCCGUGCCAGAGAGGCAAUGCAUCCAUUCAAACUAGAGUGGAAGACAGUCGAGUGGUUCGGAACAUAUGUUGUGGGCCAACGGGUUGCGAAACGCUUCAUGGACUCAGAAGCACAGAUAUUUAUUGCAGGCGAUGCCGGCCACUGUCACUCAGCUCUUGCAGCCCAAGGUGCUAACACAAGUAUGCACGAUAGCUUCAACCUCGCAUGGAAGCUCAACCUCCUAGCCCGAGGACUGGCGAAACCAUCCUUACUGCAGACCUACGAAGAAGAAAGACAAAAGAUAGCAUACGACCUUAUCAAUUUCGACGUGGAGCACUGCAAAGCCUUCGCGGCAGGCGACGCAGAACUAGCCAAGAACUUCGACGAGAACAUUCGAUUCAUAUCCGGUCUCGGAGCCGAAUAUGCUCCAGGAAUCUUGACACAAGCUCCAGCCACCACAUCUCGUCUCCAACCUGGAAUGCUCCAAGUCCCAGCUAAAGUUACCCGCUAUAUAGAUGCCAACCCGGUCGAUAUUCAGUUGGAUAUUCCUCUUUUGGGUCAAUUCAAAAUUUAUAUUUUCGUACCGGAUGUUUCCCGCUCGCAGGCAUCACUUGAUAAUAUCUGUCAACAAUUGCAGUCUAUUCUUGCUGGUGUCAACAUGACAGCAGAUAAGUCAUAUGCGAAGCAUCCCAGGGGAAAUUCCCCCUCAGAUGGAUUCAUUCAAGCUCAGCGUUACACGGCUGUCUCCAAUGCUUUUACAUUUGCACUGGUCACGCAGGCUGCUCAGUCCGAGUUUGAGAUUGCCGAUCUACCGGAGAUACUGCAGACUAGUCGGUGGACUUUGUAUGUUGACAAUGUUGGAGAACCAAGUUCUACGGAGAAGUGGUUUGGCAAUUUGAACAAGGAGAAGAUUGGAAUUGCUGUUGUGAGGCCCGAUGGAUAUAUUGGAGCUAUUGAUACUUGGGAUGCCGAACAAGUAGGUGUCAUCGGGCAAUGGUUGCAGGAUUAUUUCUCUUUCAUGGUGUAA